GCUAGGCCUCCCGCCCGCCUCCCAGGGCCCCACUUACCCUGCAACGCACACUUCCAUCGGCCGAUCAAGUGGCUGCUGAUUGUCGCGGCUGCGGCUUCUCGUCCUCCCGCGUCACCGCCGCCGCCAUGCCCGGAGGUCUCCUCCUCGGGGACGAGGCUCCCAACUUCGAGGCCAAUACUACCAUCGGCCGCAUCCGUUUCCACGACUAUCUGGGAGACUCAUGGGGCAUUCUCUUCUCCCACCCCCGGGACUUUACCCCAGUGUGUACCACAGAGCUUGGCAGAGCUGCAAAGCUGGCACCAGAAUUUGCCAAGAGGAAUGUGAAAAUGAUUGCCCUUUCAAUAGACAGUGUUGAAGACCAUCUUGCCUGGAGCAAGGAUAUCAACGCUUACAACGGUGAGGAGCCCAGAGAAACGUUACCCUUCCCCAUCAUUGAUGAUAAGAAUCGGGAGCUUGCCAUCCUGUUGGGCAUGCUGGACCCAGCAGAGAAGGACGAAAAGGGCAUGCCUGUGACUGCCCGUGUGGUGUUUGUUUUUGGUCCUGAUAAGAAACUGAAGCUGUCUAUCCUCUACCCAGCCACCACCGGCAGGAACUUCGAUGAGAUUCUCCGCGUAGUUAUCUCUCUCCAGCUGACAGCGGAGAAGAGGGUCGCCACCCCAGUGGACUGGAAGGAUGGAGAUAGCGUGAUGGUCCUUCCAACCAUCCCUGAAGAGGAAGCCAAAAAACUUUUCCCAAAAGGAGUCUUCACCAAAGAGCUUCCAUCUGGCAAGAAAUACCUCCGCUACACUCCCCAGCCCUAGGUCUCCAAGGAGUCGGUACUGGAACCGCUCACUCAGCACAGUGAGCUUGAGGUGCCGGCUGCCAAUCAUGUUUUCCAACAGCAAUUCCAUAAAAACGCCUUGAUGUGAUCAUAGCCAAGGUCUUUAGGUUGCUAUUCUACUGGCUUAUUAAAUGAAAGUGGCACUAGAAA